GGUUUACUCAUCCUACAUCCAAUCACAGAGUACGAUGUUGCGCUUCCAGAAGCUAAACAAACAUGGCAGACCCACUGUCGCCGCAUAAACUGAAGGUUGCUGUAUAUUUGGUUUGAUUUGACACAGAAAGCAUGCUGAGCUUGUCAAUAAGAGAGAAAACCCACAAUCUCAAUGCUUGCAUCAAGUGACAGAGGAGCUGGCAGUGAAACAGGCAGAGGAGGCUGAGAGCAGGCUCCUCAAAGGUGCCCCCAAAGGUCCACUAGAUGGGAUCCCUUUCGCUGUGAAGGACAACUUCUAAACAGAGAACAUCAAGAACACUUGUGCCUCAAAUGCUGAAAGUGCAGGCAGUACUGACAGUGCCUUUGGACCUGUCCGGAACACCUGGAGCUACGCCGCCCCUUACAGAGAGCAGACUGGGGCUGACCCAGACUCUGACUAGGUCAUCACAGGAGGCAGCUCUGGAGGAAGUGCUGCAGCUGUGGCCUCUCUCAUCAGCUUCCUGUGGCUCCACCCGUAACCCAGGGGCCCUGUGUGGCAUAGUGGCCCUGAAGCCAACCUACGGCCUGGUGUCCAGACACGGCCUCAUCCGCCUGGUCAACUCGAUGGACAUCCCAGGCAUCAUGACUCAGAGUGUUCAUGACUCAGCCACUGUCCUGGGUCAGGCAUGUUAUAUGGCCAUCCCAUGGGGCCUGUAUUUUUUUCCUGACCAGGUAUUCUCCAAGGCCAUGAUGUCAGACUCUACUACCAUAACCCAUAGCCCCUCCACACUGACAGACCUACCGGGUGACUAUGAUGUAGGGAACAUCUGUGUGGGCAUUCCCAAGGCCACUGUAGUGGCCAUGUACGCCACCAUGGAUUUAACAAUGUCGUACAAAGAAGAAUUCUCUCGGGGAACUACUUCCUGCUCAGACAGUGCUAGGACUUCAAGCCAGUGUUCAGGUCGUGUGUUGACGUGCUGCUCACGCCCACCACACUGAGUGACGCCAUGUGCAACACAGACUUCAUGCAAGAAGACAACCCCACACGUAGUGCCCAGGAGGACAUCUUCACACAGCCUGUCAACAUGGCAGGUACUGAGGACACACACAGAUACUCCAUUCAUACUUCAUUGGAAAUAAUAUGUUCAUCAUUUAACUCUCCCUUUUCAAAGGAAUUUGGUUGGAAUUCCUAUUUCGGUCAACCCUUUGAUUACAAAUCCAGAUGAAGGUCUAUCUGAAACAGAUCAUCUCACAACAGGGAAGCCGAUAACUUUGCGGGCAGUUAAUGUUUAACCCAUCUUUUAUCCCCCCCACAGACUGGCCUUCAAACAACCUUACCCUGCCAACCCCUCUCUCUGACAUUCUCACAUUUACCCCUCCAACUCUCAUUUUCUGCUCCAGGACUCCUU